GAUACCAAAAGUUCGGAAAUUGACACCUAGCCCAUUUUGUGUAAUCGGUGUUGAAAGCCGGUACUAUUUUUCAGUGAGGCGCAGUGAUAUCUAGUGGGGAGUGGCGCGGUUUUGGUCACAUGGACCAAUCAGGUAGCAGCUUUAUUCUAACAACAUACCUGCUAUGGCGACGACAACAUCCGAGAGUGAAGAGGAACGAAAGACCUCAAAAGUUAGAAAAAAAGUGCGUAAAGAGGAAAAUAAAAGAUGCUAUAUGCAUCUUUCAUCUGUGAACAAUGAGGACGUCCAGCACUUCACUCGGACACGGUGGGACACAUACAGAAACUAUUUAAAACAGUGGCUUUGUCUGCAAGACCAGAACAAGCAUCUGGCAGAAAUCUAUAAACAUUGCUCGGAUGUAGAUUUUGACGCUAUUCCUGACGACGCUGGGUUUCACGCAACAUGCUACCGACGUUUUACAGAUAAAUCUGCAUUGUUUUAUGCCGAGAAAAGGACCGCACGGGCGGUGGGAGAACCAUCUGCAGCCGCAGGUCAGUCAGCAGGCACGUCUGAAACUCCCCGAAAGAAACUUCGAUCUCGUUCAGGUUUGCCCGUUGCUUCUGCCGGCCCCGUCCUGCCAGCCAUCUGUAUAAUUUGUCAAAAAGUGGAAAAGUACACUCGUGUGGGAGGAAAACGCCAGAGGGAUCAACUCACACAAGCAGAAACCGUGUCGGCAGGUUGUGACUCGACCAGUGCCUUUCAUGGCAAGGGCAAAAGGAAGACAUUUUCUCUUGCUUGUCAGAAAGACGAAUAUCUGACUGCGUUCUCAAAUCUGGGCAGCAGUUUUAACCUUGACCAGUCUACGUUCAAAACACUGAGCAAAUAUGUGUGCCACCUGUAUGGACAGGCAUCUGCCAAAGACGUGAACGAUGCAAGAUACAAAGCAUUCUGUAUGGCAUCGUCAGCUUUGCCAGAACUGUCCAUUCCCCCAACAAGUGAUGCCCUCCACCAACACUGCAAAAGGGCAAACUACCAAGCAGCAGUAAUGCGACAUUCCCUGACUGGUAUGAUGUGUGCCCCUUCACCCAUUGGCAAUGGAUGGUACAUUGAGGAUGGGGAGUUAACAGUAAGAUGGAUGACUAGAAAUCCUGCCCCAGAUAGUGUGCUGCAGGUAGUCCACUGUGGUUGCAAGACAAGCAAAUGUGAAACAGAAAGAUGUUCAUGUAUGUCUGCAAAAAUGUCUUGUACUGAUUUAUGUCACUGCCAGAACUGUGGAAAUGUUUCAAAGGAAACAGAAGAAAGAGGUGCAUGGGAUGAUGACACAGAUGAAAGUGAUAUUGAUGAGUAAUUACGCACCAUGUCACCAUGUAAAAUUUGCCACUUUUGUUUCUUUAUCAAGAUGUUUGAUUAUCGAG